AUGGGAAGAAAUGAUCGCGAGAUAGAUGAUGCUCUCAAAGAAAUGGCUAAUGUUAUGGCUCAAGCUACUCAAGCUUUACAAGGUGCUCAGGGUGCCAAGAAUGGUGGAGCUGAUGAGUUAUGCGGGUUGGGGAAGUUUCAAAAAAACAACUCGCCUAAAUUCAAGGGAAAAUAUGAUCCUGAAGAUAUUGGAGGCGGAAGAUACUGCCAUUACCUGGGAGACAUUCAAAAAAAGAAUUUAGAGAAGUAUUUCCCUACAAAUGUAUGUAAUCGUAGGGAGAUUAAAUUCUUGGAGAUGAAGCAGUGUAACAGGACUAUGGCUGAUUAUGCAGCCAAAUUGGAGGAACUAUCCAAAUUUCGUCCACACUACAAUGGUGUUGAUGCUGAAGGUUCCAAGUGUGUAAAGUUUGAGAACGGUAUGCAUCCUGAGAUCAAGCAGUUUAUUGGUUAUCAAUGGAUUCUUCAUUUUUCCGUGUUGGUGAACAAGUUUGCAUAUUUGUUUCUGUUAAUGGAUCAUUUCUUGGACCCGUUAAAAUUUUGCCAAUUAUAA